CCGGCAAACGUGCAUGGCCCAUCUGUUGUUAUGAUUUUGUGGUUACAUAUUACAUCCUAAAACGGAAUGCUAUCUUUGAAUUACACACCAAGGAGCUUAGUUCCGCUGUUCCAUCGCUUCACCAGCAAGAUUGCCGUUGAUGUGGAGCCUGCAGUGUUAUCUGGCCUGGAGCAGGCCACUAUCAAGCCCAGGAAACACCCUGGAGUGGUAAAACCCAAUCAUGUUGAGCUGCCCAAACAGUUGAGCGAGACUCUGAAGCGCAUCGUAGGCGAUUAUCCAGCUAAAAAGAUUCACCGCGAUGGGCAGCAGUUAAACUCAUACAUUCGAUCACGUCACCCGCCACCGUCGCAGGAGGAGAUCGAGGCCAAGAAACGCAUAAUUGUCGAAGAGGUGAACGCUAAGAUGCCGCUGGAUCGCCUCUCAAUGCUGGAUGAGGAUGAGGGGGCUCGCUGGAAACGUAAACGGGAAGCUGAAAUCAACCGGCGACUGGGUCAGCGUAUUUACUCUUGGAAGAGUAUUGAGUACGGAGCCUACGAGGCCAUUGUGUAUGCAGUAGCUCGAGGUGCACAGGAGUAUGCCGUAAUGAAGCGCGUGCUUACAGAGCUUGCCCAGCGGGAUGAGAAUUUUAGGCCGCGUAGUUUCUUUGACUUCGGAUCCGGCAUCGGUACUGGGAUGUGGGUGGCCAGUGAACUGUGGCGUGAUCAAAUAUUCGAGUAUUAUAAUGUGGACAAAUCCCGAGAAAUGAAUGAGAUCUCUGAGCUAAUCCUGAGGGAUGGCCACGAGAACAAACAGAUGUCCCUACGCAAUGUAUACUACAGACAAUUCCUGCCCGCCAUCGAAACCCAAUAUGAUUUAGUAAUUAUAUCGCAUACUCUCUUUGAAUUGGCGAACCAAGAGCAACGGGAAGAGGUGCUACGUAAUCUGUGGCGGAAAUGUGAUGGCUAUUUGGUCAUUGCAGAGGAAGGGACUCGACGGGGCAGCGAGUUGGUCAAUGAGGCAAGAAGAUUUCUGCUUAAUCAGGAGCAAGAAGGGCACACGGUUGCACCUUGUCCUCAUGAUGUUAGUUGUCCGCGCCUAAAAGAUUUAGCUGAUCGGACGCCCUGCAAUUUCCCCAUAUCAUUCGCCCCUCUGCGCUUGGGUAGCGACCAUCUGGGAGACCGCCACACAUCCCUUUAUAGCUAUGCCAUUCUGAAAAAGGGUCCACCAUCGGAUACAUCUCGCUCAUGGCCUCGGAUUGUACGGCCUACAUUGGUGCGAUCGAAACAUGCUAUCUGCAGAGUUUGUACCGAGGAGGGGAAUCUUCAAGAAGUCAUAUUCACAAAGUCAAAGCAUGGAAAGUCUGCCUACAGUUGUGCGAGAGUAAGCCGAUGGGGAGAUCGCCUGCCCAUGUCACUGGGACAGCCGGCUCUGAAACACGACUCCACAGAAUCCCCAACCACAGAAGAGACCAGCAUGGCAUAGCUUGUUGUAUCACUAUGUUAGGCAUUAAGUUACACCCUGCCCUGCCCGAGUCUAAUUGAUAGUAAAAACUGGCAUCCAAUUAGUCGAUUUAAUUAUGUGCAAACAAAUCGUUGCGGGCGGAGCUGAAAUUAAUUAAAUAGUUGCAUUUAAAUUAACCAUACAAUCCAAAUGGCGGAGCAUCAUGCUCAUUGAUACUAAAUUUCGAUGAACGGCCGGGCCAACACACCCUCACCUAGAUUUAAUGUAAGGCAGAACAAAAGAGGGAUGGGUUAGCCCCGGGAGUUUGGGAUCAGCUAGUUAUAUAACGCCACCUGUACAUAGGAGUAGCUCUUCGCCAAUGGUCAGCGCUGUCAGCACGCCUAGUGUGUUAAUGUGUUUCAGGAGGGAGAUUCGGGAGGACAUAGGAGAACAUGGAGGAGU